AUGAAGACUACUUUCAAGACUCGAUAUGGUUAUUACGAGUUUCUUGUCAUUCUAUUCGGGUUGAAGAAUGCGCCUGCCACAUUUAUAGACAUGAUGAAUCAAGAGAAGCAGUUGCAUGUGAAGUUGAGCAAGUGUGAGUUUUGGCUUCGUGAAGUGGCUUUUUUUAGUCAUGUCAUUUCAACUAAGGGUAUUCAAGUUGAUCCGAAGAAGGUUGAGGCGAUUUUGGAUUGGAAGCCGUCGAGGACUACCUCUGAAGUCAAAAGUUUCUUGGGGUUAGUUAGUUAUUACUGUUGCUUUGUUGAGGGGUUUUCCAGCAUUGUUGCUCUUUUGACGAAGUUGCUUCAAAAGAACACUGCCUUUGAGUGGACUGAUGAGAGGCAGCAGUGUUUUGAGAAGCUGAAGUCGAUUUUGAUCGAAGUGCCUGUAUUGACACUGUAA